AUGUCUGAUUCAGCUCAGUACACGUUGGUCUACGAGCCCUCGACUGAGAAGCUCUCGGUCCGAGACUUCCAGAACCUGCUUGAGAAGGGACGGGAUGAAGACAAGGUCGAUGCCAUGCGGCAAAUCCUGGUCGCCAUGCUCAACGGCGACCCCAUGCCCCAGCUUCUGAUGCAAAUCAUCCGAUUCGUCAUGCCCUCGAAGAACAAGCAGCUCAAGAAGCUGCUGCACUUUUACUGGGAGAUCUGCCCCAAGCUCCAGCCCGAUGGAAAGCUCAAACAGGAGAUGAUUCUCGUGUGUAACGCCAUCCGAAACGACCUGCAGCACCCUAACGAGUACAUUCGAGGAGAGACCCUGCGAUUCCUGUGCAAGCUCAAGGAGCCCGAGCUGCUGGAGUCUUUGAUUCCCUCUGUGCGGUCCAACAUGGAGCACCGACACUCCUACGUGCGAAAGAACGCCGUUUUCGCCAUCGCCUCCAUUCGAGAGAUCUCCGAGACCCUUGUCCCCGACUGCGACGAGCUGAUCUCCACCUUCCUGGACGCUGAGACCGACGCCACAUGUAAGCGAAACGCGUUUGUGUCGCUUGCCAACAUCAACCGAGACUGGGCGUUUGCCUACCUGCAGAAACAGCUGCCCUCCAUCGGUUCCCUCGACGAGCUCAUCCAGCUGGCGUUUGUCCAAUUCAUUCGACGAGACGCCAUUGUCACUCCCGAGCUGAAGCAGUCCUACAUUGCCAUCGUACUUGAGAUGCUCGAGGCCUCGUCUCCCGCCGUCACUUACGAGGCUGCCAUGGCCCUGACUGCCCUCACCUCUAACCCCACUGCUCUGCGAGCUGCCGCCCAGGAGCUGGUGGAUCUCGCCAUCCACGAGUCUGACAACAACGUCAAGCUCAUUGUUCUGGACCGAGUUGAUACCCUGCAUCGACGAAACCCAGGAAUUCUCAACGAGCUGUCCAUGUCCAUUCUGCUGAUUCUGUCGUCUGCCGAUCUGGAUGUGCGAUCCAAGGCCAUCGACAUUGCCCUAGACAUGGUGUCCUCUACAAACAUUGACGAGGUUAUUAAGCUCUUCAAGAAGGAGCUCCAGGCCACCGUCUCCCAGGAGUACGAGCGAAACGCCGAGUACAGACAGGUUCUUAUCCGAGCCAUCCACAACUGCUCCAUCAAGUUCCCCCAGGUGGCUGCCCAGGUUGCUGAUCUGCUGCUAGACUUUGUGGCCGACUUCAACUCCUCUUCUGCCAACGAUGUCAUCAUCUUUGUACGAGAGGUUGUCGAGCGGUUCCCCAACCUACGAUCUACUAUCGUCCGACGACUGUUGACCACUCUGUCUUCUGUUCGACGAGCCACUGUCUACCGAUCUGCUCUCUGGGUCAUUGGAGAGUACUGUCUCGAGGAAGCAGACAUCCAGGAGGCAUGGCAGCACAUUCGAAAUUCUCUUGGAGAGGUUCCCAUUGUUGCUUCUGAGCGACGAAAGAGAGACGGUGAGACCAAUGGUGCCGAGGAGGAGCCCGAUGUUGGCGAGACUGCCACCCACAAGCCUUCCCGAAAGGUUCUUGCUGACGGUACUUACGCCACCGAAUCUGCCCUGACCACCACUGUCAAGGCCGAGGUUGACGAGUUUGAGGGCCAACCUCUGCGGUCUAUCAUCCUCAAGGAUGGCAACUACUUUGUUGCCGGCGUUCUUGGAUCCACUCUCGCCAAGUUGGUGUUCCGAUACGCUGCCAUCACCAAAAAGCCUGCUCGGGUCAACGCUCUCAAGGCCGAGGCCAUGCUGUUCCUGACCUCUAUUCUGCGAGCUGGCCAGUCCGAGUUUUCUGCUGUUUCUAUCGACGAGGACUCUACUGACAGAAUCCUGUCUUGUAUUCGAGCGAUCUCUCAGGGCGACCGAGAGCCUGCCGUUGUGGAGGCCUACAGAGAAGACACGAAGGAGGCCUUCCGAGCCCUUGUUGGCAAGCUCGAUAAGGAGCGUGCCGACAAGAAGGCUGCUGACAAGCGAAACAACGCCGUUCAAGUCGAUGACUCCCUAUCUUUUCGACAGCUUGUCAAGACUGAUGGUGACGACGAGGAGCCCGAGGCUCUUGAUACUAUCGACACCACUGUUGUUUCUACCAAGCCUCUUUCCUCUCUUGCCAAGGUCCAGCCCCUCACUGGAUUCUCCGACCCUAUCUACGCUGAGGCCGUCAUCAACGUGCACCAGUUUGACAUCAUUCUCGACAUUCUGCUUGUUAACCAGACCAAGGACACCCUCCGGAACCUCACAGUGGAGUUCUCUGUGCUUGGUGACCUCAAGGUUGUUGACCAGCCUCAGAGUCUCAACCUCGGUCCCCAUGGAUUUGCCUCUCUACAGACCACCAUCAAGGUGUCUUCUGCUGAUGCGUCUGUCAUUUUCGGUAACAUUGUCUACGACGGUCAGUCUUCUCUGGACAACAAGGUUGUUAUUCUCAACGAUCUGCAUGUUGAUAUUAUGGACUACAUCAAGCCUUCCACCUGCUCCGAGACUGAGUUCCGAAGCAUGUGGAGCGAGUUUGAAUGGGAGAACAAGGUCAACCUCAUGGCAAAGGGUCUUACUCUUCAGAAGUACAUUCGGUACUUUGUUGAGAACACUAACAUGAAGUGUCUCACUCCUGGUGCCAUCAAGGAGGAUGCUACUGAUCUUGAGGACGACUGCGGCUUCCUUUCUGCUAACCUGUACUCUAUCAGUUCGUUUGGUGAGGAGGCUCUUGCAAACAUCUCGAUUGAGAUCAACGACAACCUGGAGAUUUCUGGACACGUCCGAAUUCGGUCCAAGGGUCAGGGUCUGGCUCUGUCGCUGGGUGAUCGGGUUGCCGACAUUCAGAAGCAGCUCGUGUUGAAGAGCCUGGCAUAA